AUGAUCUCUCAGCUUAGUUUAAAGUCUUUUUGGGUUAGUAGAUCUGAAAUGAGAUAUCGGGAAGGUAGCAAAUGGAUAGCUACAGUGGUUUUAGUAUAUCUAGGCUGGUUUGGACUGGUUAAAGGAGAAGAUAAUUACGUGCAAAUCGAUAAGAUCGACUACUAUGGGAUUGUUGUUAAUAACGAAAAGCUUUAUUCAAUUCGGACGGCCAUUUCCUUAUUGACGCUUGGAAAGGCGAUAAAAAAAGGAGGAGUUAGAUGGAUGUUUUUGAUUUGGGUGCAAAUUAAGAGGGGCUGUGUUGAUAAGGAUGAGGAAAGAGAGAUGAUUAACCACAUUGCCGGUUAUUUCGGCUGCGACAACCCUGACUUUCAUUUGAACGGGCUAGUGGUCGAGUGGUGCGACUUUGUAGCCUCUUUCAGGCUGAGAAUAUCACAUUGCAACGAGCUCUUUAAAAAGGCUCGAGUGAGUGGUCAUGGCUCCUUCUUACUUCUAUUGAAUCCGCCAUUAGCGCCAACACCCCAUAAUGACAAAGAAGACUUGAAUAAUCUUCAGCUGAUAACUAAAGAAGUAUUAAAAGAGGAGAAAACAAGGUUUCUAGAAACAUACUGGCUGAUCGAAGAGACUAAAUUGUACCAGGGAGUUCAAGUAGACCUUAAAUACCUGUUCGAAACAAUCGAUAUAUAUACACAAACAGUAACCCUUGUGGUCCUGGAUAUGAAUAUUGAGAAGAUUAAAUUGACACAGACCGAGCAAUUCCUAAAGAAGCCCCUUGUUGCUUAUUGUUUGCAACGACUAGUACUGUACACGCCACAUGCUAAGAUUGGGGAUGUUGAUUGGAUCGGGCCUAUUUUUAUCACGACUCUCGAGGUUCAUGCCCAGGACUGGCAAGAGUCUUUGCAACAAAUCUUUAAAACACCAGUACUAGUCCAGGGAUUAGAAAGGUUGCAAUUGAGUAUUUGGGAGGAGAGACUCAACGACCUGUGUGAUCAUGUGUUAUUAGUCAAUGUGGACAUAUCAUGCCAGCUGAUUCAAAAAAUCGAGGUCAAUAUUACAGGUGAGGGCAGUGCUGCUGCCAAAAUAGAAGAUAGCAAUGCUAUUUCCUCGAUACUAACACAUUUAAUGCUGAUUAUUGGGUUGAGCCGGGCAGGCGAUGGGAAGUGCCAGCUACAAAUCAAUCAGAAGGAGCAACCACUCGUGUGGCAAGAAGCACUCAAAGAAAGCCACAAGAACUACAGUACUGCUUGGGUUGCAAGUAGAUUAUACUUCUUAAGACAGUGUAAUUACAUAAUGCACACUCAGCUAUUCCAUGGCAAUCGAAUAGAUCUGCUUGGUCCAUGCCCUGAUAUGCCUAGCGAACCUAGGGUGUUAUUUGAUGCAUAUUUUCGACCAUUAGCGUUCCGCUACCAAGAGCUCCAAGAGAUUAGUUCGUGGAUUUGUCCACAGUUUCUUUCUGUCUACAUCCUCGAGAUUAGACAUCAUCAGCUAUCAACUAUACAUCGACUCGAUUCGUUGUUCUUCAAACUUAGCGAACCCGAUGCUGAUUCUUCCAUACCGCACGGGCCGGAAUUAGUAGAGAUAUUAUGCAUGGGUGUGUAUAUAAGCCAAGUUUCUCUCGCUCUUCUUUCUUAUGCCGGUCAAGUUGACGCAUGUCUUUUACAUGAGCCGAGCUGGGACACUAAUAUGCACCAGUACUACACAAAACUUAUUGAUAUUGCCGCCAAAGCAAGGGUGCAGACAAGACAAGCGCCUCUGACCGGUGAGUUGUGUAAAAAACCGAGCGAGGAAGUGGCCAAGGGAUACAAUGAAAGCUCGGAUUAG